GAACCAGACAAAUAAUUACUGGAUUGAAUCCUUAAACAAAACAAAACCGUGAAACUUCUUAAUGUUUCUGUUGUCAUCUCGUACGGUCCAGUCAGGGAAGCAUCGAUCAUUUAUCGACACAAACAACAAAAGGGAAAAUGACAGCGUCAGAUGACGUGUCACUUCCUCUAAUUUCCCAAAACAGACUCGUAGAUUCUGUUUGGGCGGUUGUUGGGGCGUUUUUUUUCCCUAUUGGGCUGCCGUUGACGGUCCAAGGUAGAAGGAGGAGGAGGAGAGGCCGAGGAACAUCCACAGGACGAGGAGGAGGAGGUAGAGGCACCACGGCCGCUGCCUCUGCGCCAUGGAAUGUGGUAGGAACGGAAACCCAACGUUGCCUGCUCCCCGGAGGGUCAUGGUGGUGGUGGAGCCGACCAGGGAGGCUGCAGGCGCCCUCCAGUAUGCCCUCUGUCAUGGGGUAGUUGAGCGCGACGAGCUCAUCCUCCUCUACGUGGACAGCCCGAACUCGUGGAGGAACACUCUCUCGACCCUGUUCAGGCAGUCCGGCGUCAUUGCUUUCCCUGCAGGUGGUGGGACCGGGAGCACAAGCGGCUCCUUCACCUUCUCUUACCAUGGCGUGGAGGGGGACUUUCUCGAGGAGACGAGGCGAGUGUGCGAGGCGGCUCAGCCAAGCGUGCGGGUGAGAACGGAGAGGGUGGAGAUGGAAGGAGGGAGGGAUAAGGCUUCCAUGAUACUUUUACAGAGCAAGUUGCAUGGCGUUGAUGUCCUCAUCAUUGGGCAGAGGAGGAGCCUUUCAACAGCAAUAUUAGGAUCGAAGCGGCAAGGAAGUUCACUGAGAGGGGUGAGAGUGGCGGACACGGCAGAAUAUCUGAUCGAGAACUGUAGCUGUGCUUGCGUCGCUGUACAGAGAAAAGGUCAAAACGCGGGGUACCUGCUGAACACCAAGACCUUCAGGAACUUCUGGCUCCUCGCCUAGGCUCAAGGUCCCUAUCAUAUCAUUCGGCGACUCAACUAGCAACUUCUUAACCCGAGAGAAGAAGAGGUCAUUCACCAAACCUGCAUAUGGUAACAGGCGUGUCUAAUCUACACAACAGAGAAUUUGGUGGAUAAGAAAGAAGCAACUACAUGAUUCUGUGGGGCACUUGUGGUUUCUUUUGUUGAUCUUGAAAUGCUUGAGAUGUUAUGUUCGAUUUGGUUUUAAGAUGAUCAGAGGAAACAAAUUAAUCUGUACAUAUUUCAGAAGCGCCAGUCCCCGAAGAUGAGAAUUAUAUGGAAAUGUAUAAGACAAUCAGCAGAGCACCAACAUCAAGUUUGUUCUCGUUUGGAAGGAACUUUGCUCUUUCAAGUCUAA